CAUCCUUGACGAAACCCUAAUAAAACCUUUGCCUCUUUUUUAUUACUAUCUCAUUUUCUAGCGUUCCUUUGCCUCAACUUCGUCUGAUUUCUCUCCCAAGAAAGCAUCGUUCCAUCCAUUCCAUUGAUUAAGCCAUGAUGAGAAUAAAGACCCCGAGGAACGCUAGAGUCAAACGAGAGCUUCAAAAACUUGCCCCGAAACUCGUGGAAACUGCGAAGAAGACGCUCAUACUUCACGGUACUAAAACAAGCCAUGUUUUGAAUUCUCUGUUAACGGAAAUUUAUCACCUGAAGAAGGAAAAUUCCGUCAAGUAUUCGCGCAAAAAUGAUAAAGUGAGACCAUUUGAGAGUGGUGGUGAAGCUUCUCUCGAGUUUUUCUCUCUCAAGACAGAUUGCAGCCUGUUUGUGUAUGGUUCUCACUCAAAGAAGAGGCCAAACAAUCUCGUACUUGGACGAACCUACGACCACCACAUUUACGACCUUGUAGAGCUUGGCAUUGAAAAUUUUAAAAGCAUGCAGUCUUUCUCGUAUGACAAGAAGUUUGCUCCUCAAAUGGGGUCUAAACCCUUCUUUGCUUUUAUCGGAGAAGCUUUCGAGACGGUAGACGAGCUGAAACAUUUGAAGGAAGUUUUACUCGAUCUAUUCCGUGGAGAGGUUAUCACAAACCUGAACCUGGCUGGCCUGGAUCGUGUUUACGUGUGCACAGCUUUGUCGGCGAAUAAAAUAUUAUUUUCUCACUGCGCGAUGCGUCUGAAAAAAUCCGGCACUUCAGUACCGAAAAUGGAGCUGAUUGAGGUCGGCCCGUCUAUGGACAUGGUUGUUCGUAGGCAUCGUAAUCCUGACGACAGUCUAAGAAGAGAAGCAAUGAAAACACCACAUGAGUUAAUUAAGAAGAAGGAGAAAAAUGUUGUCAAGGAUGCUGUACAAGGCAAACUUGGGAAGAUCUAUAUGCCAGAUCAGCAGGUUGGUGUUGUACCACUUGCUAACAAAGCGAAGGGAGUGAAGAGGGAGCGACGAGAAGCUAAGAUGAAAGGCGAGGGCCACAAACCUUCACCGAAGAAGCAAAAGCACGAUAUUAAUGCCGACGAGUGAUUUUCUUUAAGACUUCAAUUUUGUGGCAAAUUCGAUAUAUUUUUUAUUAAUGGAUGGCUGAGUUUUGUGAUGUAAUCACCUAUCCAUGUUAUCUAUGUUAGUUGAUUUUGGGACAUUUUUAGUUAAGUGAUUUCUUUCUUGUUGCUAAUUAGAUUCUUGGACCAUGUCGGAUAAUUGUUAACGUACGACGAUUGCUUAUCCGUUUAGAGUUGAUUACAUAUUGAUUUUGUGCGUCUC